CUGAGAUGUUGAUAUUUGUAAUUUACUAUCUCGUACAAUCGCUUAAAGAGUAGGAAAUCCUUAUAGGAUAUCCUUAGAUAAUAGAAUACUAUUCAAAUGCAGGAAUAAUAAUUGAAUAAAAUCUCACAUCUACAUCAGUAAUCGAUUUAACUACUUCUCCUUGUUAAGUUGUCUCAUAGCAACUAAUCAAUCAAAAUAUGUUAGAGUAAUCAUUACCUAUAAUUCCAUAAUAUUUGCCAGAAUAGUUUUCAUAAUAUUUUGAUGAUGGACACUUUAUAGGAUUGAUUCCUCAUAUCAUUUCAUUUGUUAACAUAGAUAAUGAUGUUAUAAUUUUGACAAAUUAAGCAGAACUUAUUUACAUUCGAUUCUUAAAUGAAACUUUUAUUGUUUCGGACAAAAUCAAUCUCAACAUUAAUUUGACUAUACUAUAAUAUCCCGCAUUUAUGGAAAUAAUUACAAAUCAGCUUAUUAUAAUUAUGUAUUCAGAUACUGUAGGUAUUACUUUAGAUGUGAAAUCAACGAAGAUCUUUUCAAAAUCUUUUAGAAUAUAUGAAUCAUUUAAUACUACUAAAAUCUCUAGUGUAGCUAUUGUAAAUAAUAUGAUAUUUAUUGCUAUGGGUAUUGGAGGUUUAAAAAUAUUCUAAUUAAAUGGAUAAAUUUUAGGUUCGAUUGAUUUUUUAUAUUCAAUUAACAAUGCUACUGAUUUAAAAGUAUUUCAUUAAUUUGAUGUUUAUUUUAUCUAUUUACUUGAUUAUGAUCUCGGUGUCACUUCUUUUAUUUAUAAUCCAAAAUCUACUCUCAUUUACAAAAAUGAAAGACUUGAUACUAUUCCUUAUUCUGGAGAUAUUAUUGAUAUUCAUAAUAACAUUAUGAUGAUUGCUAGUUAUUAAAACUAAGAAACUAUUAUUCAUGAAAUAUAAUUAAAUUACACUGAUUUUAGUUGGAAGUAAGUAAAUACUCAUAUAAUUAAUUAAAUCAUUGUUGAUAUAGAUAUUUUGGAUCAUAUUGCCAUUACUAUAGGAUAAAAUGGAAAUACUGUUAUCUUCCAUUCCAUUCCAUCUUAAUAUCAAAUUAAACAAUAACACUUUAUUAUGCCAUCAUUACUUAAAUUAAAUUUUAUUAAAUCAAAAGGAUCUUUGUAUCUUAUUGGUGUUAGUCUUCAUAAUUUCUAUUAUUCAAAAUUAGAGUUGAAAUAAAGUUAUUUAUAUUGCUAUUUUGAAUUUGAAUAAGAAAUUAUGUUGUCUUAUUCUCAAAUUUCAAAAUGUAAAUAAUCAGAUACUAUAUGCAAUUAUACUCAAGAAUAUAUUAUCAAAUCCAUCAAACCUAUUAUUACAACUGAAUAAAAUUUCUAAAUUUAUUUAAUUUUAAUCUUUGUUGUAUUAGCUUUUAUCAUUAUCAUAAUUGUACUAAUUAGAUAGUUCAAAAAAUAUAAUGAUUUCGUUCAUAAUUUAGAUUCAACAUGUCCAAAAUCAAAUGAAAUUACAAUGUAAACUUAUGAAAGCCCAACAAAAAUAAUAAAAUUUAAUUAAACUGGAGCACAUACCUCAUAGUUCUCUAUAAUCAGUAAUAUGAAUAGAUUGUAGUAAAUUUGA